AUGCCUCUGUGGAUCCUGUACGCCGUAUUUGGACUUGUGAACAGCAUUGUGACCUUGAAUAUCAACAUUCUCAUCCUGGAGCUGUGGGCAAGACUGUGUGCGUUCAACAACAGUAUUGUCAAGGCAUUUGCCUCCUGUGGCGAUCAACAACUGUCAAAAAUACUCCUGGGCUGCGUUCGGCCGACUCGCACCUGCUGCCCUGCCAAAGUGGACCGCCUGCGGCAGGCGCACGCCGUCCUGCACCGCGCCUCAGAGUUGCUGAUGCGUCAGCACGGCGUCACCAUGGCCCUCGAGGUAGCGGGUGCUUUCUCCGCUCUCAUAUACUGCUCGUACGAGGUUCUGGUGCUGUUCGUGGCGCCGGAAAGGAGCCGAGGCACCGUGAUUAGUGGUUCCGCGUCGGUGUCCUUGAUGUGGAUGACGUCACACCUGCUGAGCCUCGUCGCCCUGGUGCUGUCCUGUUCGGCGACAGCGGACGAGGCAGAGCGCACCACAGUUCUGGUGGUGAGGGCGGCCGCGCUGACGGGCUGCAGAGCAUCGUGGCCGGAGAUGGACGAGCUGAUGCGGCAGGUGGUGGCCACUCCACGGGUCGCCUUCACAGCUGCCGGCUUUUUUACAAUCGACCGAACGCUGCUGGUGUCCGCCCUCUGCGCUACCGUCACGUACCUAGUCAUACUGGGCGAGAUCUCUCUGAGUUGA